AUGGAGUCGAUGAAGAUGCGCGGCGCACCAAAAAUUCCGGUGGCAAAGCAGAGCUCAACUGCAAGCGCUAAGAAAUCGUCGGAUAAAAAAUUAACCGAAGAAGAGAAUAAAACAAUUAGUGAACUUAAAAAGCUUUACUUGGAAACUAUAAAGCUCGACGUGGAUUUGCAGCAAGAAAUUUAUAAUAUGGAAAAAUCCUUUGAGGCAAAGCACAAAGCAAUUUUUGAAAAGCGCUACAAUAUACUCGAAGACUUUCGAAAAAAGUCCCAUGGCGACUCAUCUAGCGAGAGUAAUAUAUCAAAUUUUUGGCUGCGUGUGUUAAAAGCAUCGUACACGGAAUUCAUAAGCAAAAAAGAUGAAAAAAUACUAACGUAUCUCACCGACAUACGUUCAAAACUGUGUAACGAACCAACGGUUAAGUUUAUCAUUGAAUUUCAUUUCGAACCUAAUGAGUUUUUUUCAAAUCGUAUUCUGACCAAAACAUACUUUUUAAAUUGUUUGCCCAAUGUGGACGACCCGCUUUCAUAUGAUGGUGCUGAAAUUUAUAAAUGUGAGGGCUGUAAAAUUGACUGGAAGCAAAAUUAUAACGAACAGGAUAAAAAAGGUUGGUCAUCGGUUGUUACACUCACAGUUCUCUGUUAUCAGAAUACAAGAUUGCGCAUUCCGGCGGGUGAUGACUUCACGAUCGCAACGAAUAGAGGAGAUAAUUCAUGA